AUGGACGCCGAAUUUGACGGUCUUAAUAGUCCGAAGCACGAGCGUGUGGCAAAAGCACUUGAGCAAGUCAACGGCUUCCGAUAUCGGUAUCAUGCCGCCCCGCUUGAUGGAAAGAAGAUGCUGCGAUUCGAUUCUGACGAUGAAGAAGCCUUGAGUGACGACGAAGACGCCGAAGAUUCAAGCGAUGAAACACAGGGUCGACAAUGUCGCCAAUCUAGUAUAGAAAAGACCAAGCCGUUGGAUGACGAUUCGAAAGCGUCCAGCGUGACGUUGGAUGAUCAUAUCGAGAAUCUUCUGCGCAAGACACGUACGCUAGCAAUGCUGAAGAUUGCCAAUAACACUGCGGGUACUAUCCCGUCCGACAGCGAUGAUGACAGCGACGAAGCUGAUGACGUCGUGUCUGAAGAGCUCAAAAGCCUUUCCAGUCUCGGUAGCAGCUCCAACAUCGAUGUGCAGCAAUCCACUUUUCUUGAAACGGCAGCAAUGAAUCUGGCACGGACUCUCAGUGCAUUUCUCUGCCUGCCCCGUGCUAUCAGCUAUGUCGACUUGGAAGCGAUUACAGAGAAAUUGCUGGAGUCGUCAAACGAUCGAUUUGACGAUGGCGAAUACGCAGAUCUCAUUGAUUAUCACGUGGACUCGGCUCGUGGCGAUGACACCCACGCCGAGAACGAGGAAGACGUCCCUAUCUGGAAACGACGCCAUUCGCGACCUAUCCGGCCGUUGGCCCUUCCAGAUGAUCAGACCGACUUGGAAAUGCAUCAACGUAAAAUUUUCAUAGAGGCCAAUCGCUUCGGAGGUGUGUCGUCACGAAACUUCUUUCUUGCGUCUAGCAAGCACCUUCUGUCCAGCGAUGACUCCAAAGGCAGCAUGUAUUUCGGUGUAAGUCCCAGUGGACGUUUACUCGGUUCGUUCACAAAGGGUUCCAGCAUGGAUUUGAACUUUGGCAGAUACGAAGAGGAGUACAUCAUGUGGCGAACGCAGGUAAAAGACGACUACCUGGCAUGGGUGAACGCCAAGGUCGAAGCCCAGAAGCGUCGCAAGUCGCGUGUGAAGAAGGUGGAUCCCAAUAAGAAGCCGCGUUGGUUGCUCCUAUACGAGGCUAGCCAGAACCCGACGCAAAAGUACCGCCCGGACGACAAGGCGUAG